CUCACCCACAUUGUCUACACUAAGAAAAAGCAAACUAUGCCGCUGUGCAGAGGAUGAUGCCAUGUCAGAAGUCCUCACUGUAGAUGCUAUUUUGUUUGGGCUCUUGGUCUUUUCUGGCAUCCUGGGAAACAUCUUGGUCAUCCAUGUGGUGUUUCAGUCAGCCAGUGCGAGUCCGACUCGGAGACUCCCUCCCUCUGACACUAUUCUGGUGCACCUGUCGUUGGCCAACCUGCUCACCUCACUGUUCCGCACAGUGCCCAUCUUUGUGUCCGACCUGGGUCUGAAUGUGUCUCUGUCUCCGGGCUGGUGCCGAGUCUUCAUGCUGCUGUGGGUGUGGUGGCGAGCUGUGGGCUGCUGGGUGACUCUAGCACUUAGUGUCUUUCACUGCACCACCCUGAGGCGACAGCAUGUGACCUUUGGGCCUCUCGCACACCAGAGGGAGAGGCGGCGGGUUUGGAUCGUUCUGGGGCUGGUGUGGGGGGCUAACCUGGCCUUCUCUGUUCCGGCUCUGGUGUACAGCACCCAUGUUCACGGCAACGCCACCGUGGAGCUGAUGGUGAUCAGCUGCACCACCAGGCCUCUUCUGGGCUGCAUCUGGGAGUUCCCCUCCACCCAGCAGGGCUCGGCCUUCGCCUCGACUUCACUGGCACUUAAUGAGGUGUUGCCACUGGUGCUGAUGAUUUUCACUAAUCUGGCCACACUUCAUGCUCUGGCCAAGCACAUCAGAGCGGUCACCACAGGAGGAGAGUCAGGAGGAUCUCAUGGAGACCUGGACAAACAUGUGACUACUGAACGCAAGGCAGCUCAUGUCAUCAUGUCGCUGGUGUCACUCUUCGUGGUCUGCUGGGCGCUACAGGUGGCUGCAGUGACAUACUACAACCACGACGGGGGACACCACGCUGAGGGGCUGCUGACCGUGGCCCAUUUUUCUGCCUCGCUGUUCGUAGGAUUCAGUCCAAUGGUGGUGGCCCUGGGACAUGGCAAGCUGCGGAGGAGAAUCAUGAGCAUGAUACUGGGGUGGUCUAAAGCUUUUAAAUGUCCCCGUGAGGUAACUGAACCGGCGAGUAAAUCCCCAAAGGCAAAAGGAAACAAGGGAAAACAAACUGUUUUCGAUGUUCAAAGAGAAGGAAAAGUCAUUAAAGUGGAGGAGAAAGUUAAAGCAAGCAGAUGAUGCAGAGUGUGACAAGAAAGAAACACUGAGAAGUGCAAACAUUUAUACCCAGAUAUAAGAACAGAUGCAUCUGCCAUCCAUUCCUUACUUUUUGCCUGGACAAAACUGUUAUCGAGUAUUAUUUUAGCAAAUUUUGACAUAUUCGAAUACAUUAAUGUUUCUUUGUUGUUCUUUUCAUUUGGGAUGUAUUCUAGUAACACUUUAUUUAACUCACUUGCACAGGUUGUUUGUACUGUCAAUUCAAUUUUAUUUUUAUGAGCCAAUAUUACAUGGUAUGUCUCAAUAGGCUUAAGUAUAAUUAUGAUAGUAAUAUAUUGUUAUUAUAUAUGUAUUUCCAAUGGUUCAAAUCCAGUACAAUCAGUAUCCCAUCUCUAUCACGGCAAAGUAAAUCAUGUCCUACCUAAUUUUUGUGUGUUUUUUUGUUGGUGUGUGGUGAGUAUGUUACAUGUGAAUUAGUGUUCAUGCUCGUAUUUCUACCUGCAGAGUCAACGCAGAUCUCAUACACAUGUGCCUAUGAACCUAUUAACUACAGCCAUAAGAAUGAAGAGGAUGCUGAUGAUAGUUUAUGAUCAGCUGUACUGUGUGAGCUGCACCUCCAGGACUUCAGCAGAGUGAUAGUCAGCCUAUCAGUGAGUGAGCAUGGACUUGAUGCUAGACCGCAGUCGCCUGUGGCCGAUUGCCAGAAUAGCAGGUGACAUGGCGAUGAAGAUAAUGUUGGCAAAACGAGCAAUGACCAGAAGAAAAUCUGCGGAGGCACCCGGGUUGUAGUUGAAGUAGUUGACAGAGAUAAUGCUGGUUCCCCAGGACGUGAUGAAGAGCAUGAUGAGAGCAAGGAUCACCUGAAAAUCACAUAAGGCAAAGAACUGUGACAGUGAAACCCAAACACAUUGAGAUAUGAUGAAAUAUGGUCACUUUGAGACCAACAAAAAUGUUGCUAAAACACUUAAAAUAUUGGGUUUGUGAGUACUAUGAAUCAAAUCACAGUUCACAACAACUUCAUUUACUCAUUUACUGCAUAUCUACUUGGCUUCAUGAGCCCUGACACCCUCCUCUUCUUCACCUUCGCUGCUCGUCUCUCAGCUGGCACUCGUUUUAUGACGGGCGCAUCCUGCCCCGAAUUGUGCAUCCUGCCAUGGGUGUAGAGUGUGUAGAGGGAGCCCAGGUUGGUGAAAAUCAUCAAGAUGAUGGGAAUUGCCUCAUGGAUCACAAUAGACGUGGUGGCAUAGGCCAGGCCACUGUAGGAGGAGGGAAAGUUCCACACACAGCCCAGCAGGGGGCGUGUUGUGCUGCUCACCAGCAUCAGAGUCUGAGAUGAAGAGGAACAAGGAGGAGGAGGAGAGAGAGAGUGAGAGAGGAACAUACACUUAACAUUUAGAUAAACACUAUUUCUUUGUGUAGUAUAAUAUACUGUACUGGUGGUGGUUUUACAUGAUUUGAGUAUGUU